AUGGGACCUGGAAUGGGAGAUAGUAUUUUUUGUCCCUUGGGCUUCCAUGGUGACCGCUGUGAAUUCUACCCCCUCACAGGCCAGUGCCAGAAUGGGACCAUCUGGAAUGGAAAAGAGUGUGUCUGUGCCCAAGGCUUCUUCGGUUACCAAUGCAAGUCCCUUGUGGACUCCUUCUUCCUAGAAAUCCCAGAAAUAAUCAAUGCCACUUUAGGUGUGACAGUGAAAGUGACUAACAAGAAUUUCACAAAAGAUCUGAAUAACAUAUCCUCCCCAGACUACUGGAAUUUCACUCAACUAUUCAAGAGUCAGAUGGAUAAAGCUUACAUGGGCAAAGACUUUCCCCAGUACAGAGGCGUGAUCAUUAGGAGACUGUUCAAUGGCAGUGUUGUGGUGGAACAUGACGUCAUCAUGGAGGCAAACUACACUUCAGAGUUUGAGGAACUAUUUGCAAACCUCUCUAAACUCAUAAAGGUCAAGAUUAUGAAUGAGACCAAAAGGCUAUCUGGUGAUUCUGAAGAGUGCAGAGCCUCCUCACAUCUGUGCUUCAGUGAGGAAGCCACCAUCGUGAGCGAGAACGUGAUGCUGGGGUUUGACUUGAAGGAGCAAUGCACUCAGAAGGCUGCGAAGGACUAUGCCCAGUUCUACUUUGUGGAUGAGCUGGAUGGGAAGCUGGCCUGUGUGACCAAAUGCACCUCGGGGACGAAGUUGCAACUGAACUGUAAUGAGGGAGAAUGCCAGCUGCAACGCAGUGGCCCCCGCUGCCUAUGCCCAACCUCGGACACACACUGGUACUGGGGAGAGACGUGUGCAUUGAGCACCAGCAAGAGCCUGGUGUACGGGAGUGUGGGGGCCGUGGGAGCACUGCUGGUGGUCAUGGUGGUGAUCCUGACUGUCUUCCUUGGCCGAUCCCAGAGAAAACUGCACAGGCAAGAAUACAAUUUGUGGCAAGGAGAAGAUCUUUCUGGCGGCUUCCAGAACACAGGCAUCUGGGAAGAUGAGAAUCUGAAGGAAGACAGAUUCGCCCUUGAAAACAUCUACAGCCAUUUCCAGCCCUCUCUGGAGAACGUUGACCCUACUACAGAGCUCCACAUCCAGAGGCCCAGGGUCCUGACAACUGCUCAGUGA